UGGACUGCCGUUAUCGAAUAAAAAUUAUUAUAUAUAUAUAUAUAUAUAUAAUUAAUAAAAUAUCGAAAGGUCAUUAAAACGUGUUUGACGUUUUGUUUGAUGUGGAGUGUUGUCAAUAUGUUUUUAAAGUGAAAAAAAGCUUUUUAUUUACCAUUUGUUGUUAUUAUUAUUACUAUUAAUAAAUAUUCGGUUCUUUUUGCGGAAACCUGUUACACAGAACUACGUCAUGGAAGAUGCCAAUUUAUCAAAUAGAACAAAUCUUCAUGUUUUCUUUGAUAUCAAAUUUGGAGAUGCUAAAGCUGGUAGAGUCGUAAUAGAAUUAUUUAAAGAUAAAGUACCAAAGACUGUUGAAAAUUUUCGAGCUCUAUGCACUGGAGAAAAAGGGAUUGGGAAGUUUGGAAAACCUCUUUGCUAUAAGGGAACUAUAUUCCACAGAGUCAUUCCCAUAUGCAUAGUUCAAGGGGGCGACAUUGUCAACAAUGACGGUACCAGUGGCGAGAGCAUAUAUGGAGAAAAAUUUGAUGACGAAUGUUUGGAACUAGAGCAUAAAACGGAAGGUUUGGUGGGAAUGUCAAACAGUGGACCAAAUACCAACCAAUCCCAAUUUUAUAUAACAACAGUACUGUGCUCACAUUUAGAUGGUACAAAUGUGAUUGUGGGAAAAGUUGUAAAAGGUCUCAAUAUCAUCGUUGAAAUGGCUAACAUUCCGAGAGAAAGUGAUAAACCGUUAGAGCCAAUCAUGAUAGAAGACUGUGGGGAAUUCAAACCGGGGGAGUCUUGGAACAUAUGCGAGAACGAUGGAACUCUCGACGUAUACCCUCCCUGGCCCGACGACUGGUGUAUAGAUUCGGUAGACAACUACCGCAUCAUAAAGAAAACCAUAGAAGCAAUCAAAGAUUCCGGAAAUUAUUUUUACAAAAACCACAACUACAUCGAUUCAGAACGAAAAUAUGUGAAGACGUUGAGAUACAUCGACUGGUACAUAUGCCACAAGAAAGAGAACAGUAAGCUUAUGGAGGACACGAGGACCUAUUCAUUAUUGAAUUUGGCUGCGGUAAAGUUGAAGAGGGAGAAGUACAAAGACGUCUUGGAAUUAUGCAGUCAGGUAUUAAAGAAAGACCCACACUGUGUCAAAGCAUACUACAGGCGAGGCCAUGCACGGUUAUGCCUUAAAGACUAUGACAAAGCCCUAGAUGACUUACAAACGGCAGUCAGUUAUCACCCAAAAGACAAGAACAUCCUCCAACUCCUAAAAGUGGUAAAGGAAAGAAAAUUGGUAUAUCUGAGGAAGGAGAAAAGAGCUUUUUCUAAAUUGUUUCAGUAAAUUGUCAGAUAAUUAUAUCGAUAUUUAUUGAAUAUAAAUAUCACUAUGUAAAUAAUUUUAAGACAAAAAAAAUUAAAUAUGUGUAAAAUAUAUGUAUUAUC